UCUCGAUUCAAAACGAAUCGUUUUGAUAUCCGGAAAAUGACGGAAGCCAAGGUCGACCACCCGAUCACCGUCCCGGAGACACCGCCGUCCCCCGAACUGGACUUCACCUUCGCCUUCAACGACCCCAAUUUCUCCGAUCGGGUUCUCAGGAUCGAAAUCCUCCCCGACAUUCCGGUUUCCCAAUCGGACGUUGAGGCCUACGUCAGCAACUCCGAUUGGGGGCAUAAUAGAAAGAGACGCAGGGCCGAGACUGAGGACAUUGUUGUGCAAUGUGAGGAGCAGGUCUUACAUUGUAACAUGCUUGAUACAGAGGAUUUUGUGGUAUGUGAAAAUCAAGAUGAGGAUGCUAUGGCAACUACCGAGUCGCCUUCAGUUUCACUCUGCAAUUGUGUCAAUGUUAAAGCUGCUGGUAUCUGGAUCACGGAUUGCUCCACAGUUCUGAGGGUUGAAACCAUACAUAUAAGUUCUCCGAUAUUGGCUGCAAAGAGUCCCUUUUUUUACAAGUUGUUCUCGGAUGGGAUGAAACAGUCAGGGUUAGAGGAACGACAAGCAACUCUAAGAAUUCAUGAAUCAGAAGAAGCGGCCCUCAUGGACCUUCUUAAUUUCAUUUAUGGUAAUACAUUGUCCACGACAACAGCACCUUCAUUGUUGGAUGUGCUAAAGGCUGCUGACAAAUUUGAGGUUGAAUCUUGCAUGAGAUAUUGCAGUAGGUUAUUGGGACAAUUGCCUAUGACUCGUGAUUCUGCCUUGCUUUAUUUGGACCUUCCAUCUAGUGUUCUGAUGGUUGAUGCAGUUCAAUCACUCACAGAUACAGCAAAAAAGUUCCUUGCUACCCGCUAUAGAGAACUAACCAAGUUUGUGGAUGAGGUGUUGUACUUGCCCCUUGCUGGUAUCGAGGCUGUACUGUCUAGUGAUGAUCUCCAUGUUGCAUCAGAGGAUGCUAUUUUUGAUCUGGUUCUUAAGUGGGCACGGUUGCAUUACCGGAAUGCUGAAGAUCGACAAGAAGUCAUUGCUUCGCGCCUUGCUCGCCUCAUUCGUUUUCCUUUCAUGUCCUGUCGAAAGCUUAGGAAGGUUCUAAGCUGCAAUGAUUUUGAUCCUCAACUGUCAUCAAAGAUAGUGCUUGAGGCUUUGUUUUACAAGUCUGAGACACCAUACAGGCAGCGGUUACUUGCUGUGGAGAAUGCUAACGCCACGUAUCGUGGCUUUGUGGAUCGUUCCUACAAGUACAGGCCAGUGAAAAUAGUGGAAUUUGAACUACCCCAUCCACAGUGUAUUGUGUACCUAGAUCUGAAGCGCGAAGAGUGUGCACGCUUGUUUCCAGCUGGUCGGGUGUACUCACAGGCUUUUAACCUGGGUGGGCAGGGCUUUUUCUUGUCUGCCCAUUGCAACAUGGACCAACAGAACUCCUUUCAGUGCUUGGGGCUGUUUUUAGGGAUGCAAGAGAAGGGAUCAGUUAGUUUUGUAGUUGACUAUGAAUUCUCAGUAAGGGUAAAGCCUGAGGAGGAGUUUCAGAGUAAACACAAAGGUACUUACACUUUCACUGGUGGGAAGGCUGUUGGGUAUAGGAACUUGCUUGCUAUACCCUGGACAACAUUCAUGGCCGAUGACAGCAUCUAUUUCAUUAAUUCUGUUCUCCAUCUCCAGGCUGAGCUUAUCAUCAGGCAAUGACUCCUUUCUUCAACUGGUUAGGAAGAGCAAAAAAUGCCUUACGUAACAACUUGUAGUUUAGAUGUCUGGCAGACUUAGGUAACUUCUUGGCAUCACAGACCGGGUAAACAGUUGUUUGUACUCGUACUGAUGUAUAAAUGUUCAGGCUCAAAGAAAUGAAAAUGUAGGGUUAGUG